AACGGUUGUACUCCCGUGUUUAACCGACGGACAAAAAACAGCACGGACUUCCGGCGUCUGCACCAGUGCGUGUGUUAUUGCAUGUUAUUCAUCCUAAGCAGAUGUAGUUCUGUGAGGAGUUUCGUCUGAGCAUAUCUGACAUUAAAUAUCGACAGAGAGAGGCGCAGUGAUGAAUCCUGUCUUCCGGAAGGUGCAGGCGUCUGUCGCACAGCAGGCGCUCCUGCUGAAUAAAGCGCUGACACCUUGCCGGGCUGCACCGUCCAUCCAGCAUCCUGUUUGGUGCACACACUCUGUAAAUGAACGACAGUACAAGGGCAUGCCAACCCACGGCAUUGGGAGGUGGAAAUAUCUGUUACCUAAGCAAGCGCCGAGGAAAAAGAAGGACAAGCACCGGAUGAAACGGAUCAUGUCUGCGACAGAUACAGCGUACGGCACUCUGAAUGUGAACGUGUCAGGAUAUGACAUGACUGUCGUGGAACAUUACUCCAAGUACAUCCAUAACUUCUGCAACCGGCUUGGCAUCAAAGUAGCUGACAGCUAUGCUUUACCAAGAAAGAGCACAGAGGUCAUGGUGAUGCAGGAGCAAGGCACCAAGACGUACGUCGAUGCUGUCCUCAAGACUCACCACCGAGUCGUUCAGCUGAGCACUCUGAACGCCGCGCUGUGUCCCGUCUUCAUGGACGUCCUCUUAAAGAAUCAACCCGAGGGAGUUCAGCUCUCUGUGACGGAGCACACCGAAGCUGAUUUCCAAGCACGGUUCAAGGCGCGUCCGGAGCUGGAGGGGCUCAUCGCUCAGAUGAACCAAUAACUUUCCACCUCAUUAUGUACAAGUCUCAGUUUGAUCUAAUUUAUUACCCAUCAUUCCUCAGUAGCAUCCUGUAUAAAUGGAUUAUCUGAAAUGGAAAAAAACUGUGCACAUUAGUCUCAUUUUGUGACCUUUGGGAAAUAAAACCACACUCAUUUUUCCACCUUAAAA